UCGUCCUCGACUUUCCCCCUUGAUUCCUAAUUCUUCCCCCAUUCCGAAUUCAGCUGCUUCCUGAACAUCACACUAUCUUCCACAAAGACGACAACGAGAUACUUUUAACGUCUCGUGUGCAAAUAUAAUUGCUAUUUCUAGCGUAGUCGACAAAUCUACACUUUCCUAAACAGCAACGAUCAUCACAAGCAUCAUUAUGGCGCCCCAGAAGCCUCGCUGCACUUUCAAGGAGUGCAAGUCUGCCGCCCAGCGAAUCGUUGGCGACUGCGGUUUCUGCGACGGACACUUCUGCGCAAAGCACCGGUUAUUGGAAGAUCAUAAGUGCAGCGGAUUAGAAGAUGUAAGCAUGUGCCCAACCCCUUCAACAGUGACCAGUGACAGUAGUAUCGACGAUGCCGCAGAGUGGUGGUUAGUCGGUCUUGGCGAGUAUCUCGACGAGUCUGGUAUUCUUGAGGAGAGUUGUGGUUCGCAUAUGCUAACCCAGAAUCCCAAUCGUAGUGCAAGAAAGAAUCGCACGAACGCAACGCAGCACAGCUCGAGGCGGAACGAACGCAAGUCAUCCGGGGUGUAUAAGAAGAGAAACACCCGAACACACCGCCCGACAGCCACUUGCCCGCGCCGACUGGGAUGGUGCCAUCCGCGACAUCACGACCGAGUUCUCCGCUCUACUAAAUACACAACAUGAUUUCUCGACGAUGACGCCCGUGCGCUGCAUGCGAUAAAGAGGUGGACCUGCAAUUUGGUUUGGUCUGCGCAUUGAUUCUACCUACUUUUACUUCACUCUUCUAUGAGCAUUGGCGUCCGGGCAUCGGCUUAGGGCAACGUUUGUAUUUCGCUUUUCGAACCCGCAACGGCGCAGGCGGAUACGAGCCCUCAGUUUGAUUUUUUUAUUUUAAUUGCUUGAUUGACAUUACGACAGCAAUGGAGUUGGCUUCUACGAAAUCUUCGAGGUCCUUUACGAAUAGGACCGACAUUUGCAGAAUUCGCCUGCAUUGUACAUACAUCUUGUUGAUUUAGCAAUUAUGAGGCUUCUCUCCAAAUAGGACCGAAGACCUCCAUGAAUACGUUGAUUUUUACA